AAUUCUUUUCAUCGAACGACGUAAAACGGUAUCUGAACCUAAUAAUAAACCCUACGGUCUUUGUAAAACCCUCCUCCAGGACGCUCUUCCACCGAACAUCUGAUCCCAGGUUUUUGGAUACAGUUUAUCUUUAUUUUUUCCGAGAUGGAUAUGGAUGGCAAGGAAGAUUCCAUGGAAGAGCUUAAGGGACUCCGAAUUACUCCCCUUGACGAUGACGACGACGAUGAUGAAGGAAUUGCUGUAGAUGACGACGAAGACGACGAUGAAGAAGAAGAAGAAGAAGCUGUAAUUCUUGGCUUUGUAGAAAAGCCUCAACACAGUUGGUCAGUUCUCCGUCAACAGUUUCCAAGCAAAGCCGGAGGCGUCCCAGCAUGGUUGGAUGCAUAUAAUUUACCAUCUGGAAUGUCUUGUGCUUGUGAUAUAUGUGGACAACCCCUGCAAUUUGUACUUCAGGUUUAUGCUCCAUUAGUUGAAAAAGACUCAACCUUUCAUCGAACAUUAUUUGUAUUCAUGUGUCUAUCUAUGAAAUGUCUUCAACGAGAUCAACACGAACAAUGGAAGCGCCAUCCAGAGAAGCAAUCACGGAGUGUGAAGGUUUUCCGUUGCCAACUGCCUCGUGCUAAUACUUUUUAUUCAAGUGAACCCCCUAAAGGCAAUGCAACUGACAAACCUUUAACCCCUGGAGCUCCACUUUGUAACUGGUGUGGCACCUGGAAAGGAGAUAAAUUCUGUAGUAGUUGCAAAAUAGCGCGAUAUUGCUCACAAAAGCACCAGGCCAUGCACUGGCACUCAGGUCAUAAACUUGAAUGUCAACAAUUGAGACUUUCACCUCAGUCAUCUGACUGCAAUGCCUGUAAUGGUGGAAUUGCAGAAAUUAGAGCACAAAAAGUUGCUAGCAAGACUUUAUGGCCGGAGUAUGAGAUAAAAAAUGAGCAUGAAAGUGAUUAUGAUACAGAGAUGUCUGGAGGUGAUGAACAUACUAAUAAUUCAUUGGUAUCUAGGAACAGAAUCGAUGACUCUAUGAAGUCACUUAUGGACAAUUUUGAGGGAGAUGCUGACAAAAAGAGUUGGGCUUCCUUCCAAGAGCGGAUAGCAAAGGCCCCUGAACAAGUUUUGAGGUAUUGCAGGAGUGCUAGUUCUAAACCACUGUGGCCCAUGUCAGGUGGUCACCCAUCUAAGGCUGAUAUUGCAAGAUGCAGCUAUUGUGGUGGUCCCCUAUGUUUUGAAUUUCAGGUACUUGGUAAUCUUACCUUAGCAACCUUUUCUUCUCAUAGAAGCCCAACCAUCUAUCAUCAG